AUGGCGGGAUCUUCCACCUUUCCCAUCUGGCUGAAAAGGAAAGAUGACAGCAAACAAUUCAAGAGGUUCCUAGAUGUUCUCCGACAAUUAUAUAUCAACAUUCCCUUAGUAGAAGUGUUGGAACAAAUGCCGAGCUAUGUGAAAUUCCUCAAGGACAUGCUUGCCAACAAGAGGAAGAUCAGGGAGAAUGAAACGGUCGCAUUAACAUAUGAGUGUAGUGCACUUUUUCAGAACAACAUCCCCACUAAAAUGAAAGAUCCAGAGAGUUUCACAUUGCCAUGCUCAAUAGUGGGAAAAAAAGUCAGAAAUGUGCUGUGUAACUUGGGGGCAAGUAUAAACCUAAUACCCUUGUCAAUCUUCAAAAAGUUAAAUAUCGGCAACGUAAGACACACCACAGUUACGUUGCAAUUGGUCGAUAGAUCAAUAAUGCAUCCAGAGGGCAAAAUAGAAGAUGUACUUGUGCAAGUGGAUAAAUUCAUCUUCCCUACUGACUUUAUUAUAUUGGAUUAUGAAGCUGACAUUGAGGUGCCUAUCAUCUUGGGUCACCCGUUUCUCGCAACAGGGCGAGUGCUAAUCGUUGUACAGAAAGGAGAACUUACCAUAAGGGUUGACGAUCAGCAAGCCAAGUUCAACGUUCUCAAUGCGUUGAAAUACCCAGGUGAUAUGGAAAACUGUCAGUAUGUUGGAGAGCUGCAGGAAGAACAUUGGUACAAGUCUCAAGAAGAAUCGAAGGAAGAAGACUUUGGGAUUGGUGCAAUGUGGGAGGAAAAUUGUGCCACAAUACAAUCUGAGUCAGAUUUUGAAACAAUCAAGUUAUUUGAAUGA